GAGUCAAGAUAAGGAGAAGUGUUUCUUGAGAGAGGAGAUGUAGCGAUGUUAUCCUGAGAGCACGUCCUGUCUUGAGGUCCAUCAACUUCACCAUCAUCGGAGGAUCCAGAGACAGCAGCGUCUCUCCAUCCGUCAGAUAUAGAAGACACUAGACCUACAGUAUACUGUACACACAAAUUCGUAAUACUAUUCAUUAUCUCUCUGGGGUAUUUCCAUGCCACUAAUAAUAAUACAUUUACAACAAACAACAAGGGGCUUUGUACAGAAUGAGAAACACAAAAGAGUCGAAGACAAAGGUGUGAUGAUGUCGGCAGAUGAUGAUGAUAUACAGUGUCAGACUGGAGAAAACAGAGUGCAGGUGGUGAGUGGUGAUGUGUGUGCAUUAGGUCGCCUCAUGAGUGUCCUCCGAAGGUGCAGUGACUGUGUCAUGGAUUUCCUCUGUAAGUGCCAGUGUUUCCCCUUGUCUCUCUCUCAUCAA